ACCGAUAAACAAACGAGUGUAGGCUAAAUCGAUUUGGCGUGUUAUAAUUCAUAUUGUGAUCAUGAAAACAGGUGGGCAGCUGUUUAGCAAUCGUCGGCGUUGGUGUUGGUGUUGUCUAGGCGACUAUAAAAGCACCGAUAAACACCGUAUCAAGCAGGUAUGAUCAACAUUAGCCAUAAAAAACUCCAUGGAAAGCCACCGGUCAAGAAAUCUCUUCGAUCCAAAGACGUUAAUCUGAAGCAAAGUGAACUUGCCAUGGAAAAUGUUUCUUAUGAGAAAGAAAAAGAUAAUUCAAACCCAGCUAUAAAAAUGAAGAAAGAAGACUACAACCAAAACAUCAUCGAAUCGACGACGUGCUCGUUUGAGCAGCUCUGCGAUAUGAUUAGCAACUUGGAGCACUUGGACGACAACAUUGCGAGCAACGUGGAAAACAUUGCUAGCGAGAUGCCAGAGAUUAAUCUCCAGCUCGAACCAGAGAAAGACAACUCCAAAGAAAAACGUGAAACAAACGAGUCUACUUACGACGACAUAAUGUCCUUUUUAACGAAACUCGAAGAUGGUUCUCUGGAUUCAACAAAGGUGAACGUACCUGAGGUGGACGCAGUAAUUCUUCAAGAGAUAUUCAGUUCGAAACGUUUGGCUUGCGUUAAUUACGACAGCAUUGUUGCAACCGAGGUUACAAACCGUAUCCCUCGAGUGUUCGAAGAAGACUUAGCCAUGGCACGAUUACAACUAGAGGAGAGAAAUGCCACUAUAACGAUUCUAAAGGAUCAGCUCAAGUCCGAACGAAAGCUUGUCUGCGAGAAGUUGGAUGCUCAGAGUAAAAGUAACGCUUCCAAGCUACUGGCACAGAAAGAGAAAUACAAUGCAAUCGUGAAGAGGCAUCAAAAGUUUAUCGAGCAACUCAUCUCUGAGAAAACUGAUCUGACAGAAAAGUGUAACUCAUUGAUGGAGAGAGUCAACGAGAUGGAGAUUAAGGUACAGAGAGAUCUGAAAUGCGCCGCUGACAGACACUGCGUGGAACUCCAAAGGGCAAAGGAACACUAUGCAGCAGCAGAAAGGAUCAAAAGGGAGCGGUGGAUAGAAUCUAGGACCACAAAGAUCAAGGAGAUGACUGUGAAGGGUUUGGAGCCUGAGUUGCGAAACAUGAUGGAGCAGCAUGCCGAAGAGAUGCUAGGGCUAAGAAACGCGCACAUGAAGGAGCUCCAAGAUACAGAAUUGAGAGUAGUAAGGAGAUCUAAUCAACAGUUGGAACAACUUCGAUUAGAACUCACGGAUAGCCAUGAAAGGAUGUUAACCAACGAGAAGAAUAUUUUGUGGGCCAGAUACAAGGAGAAGUUGGAGGAGCAAGAAAGACAAUUUAAAGCGCAAGAAGCGAAAUUCGCGGAAGAACUGCAACGUGACAGGGAAAGAUUUAGCAAGAAACAAGAUAAACAUGACGCUGAAAGAGAAGCUGCGUUACAAAGAAUUCAACUGCAAUGUCAGCAAGAAAUAGAAGCUCUGAGACAACAGCAUACAAAUGAAAAGAAAGCUCUUCAGCAGUCACUGAAGGCGGAAUGGGAGGCUUGGCUUGCAGACUACAAGAGACAGCAAAAUCUAAAGCUUCAAAACACCGAGAGCGAUAUAAUAGACAAAUGCUACAAGGAAAGGGACCGACAAAUCGAAUUAGCCAUUGAACGCCUUGAAAAAGAUUGCCGAGACACGAAGUUAACCCUUCAGCGAAAUUUUGAUAAUAAAUUUAGAUUAUUGAGGGAAAAGUUCGAAAUGGACUUGCAAACCGCGAUCGACAAUGAAAAACUUUAUAAAAAUAAAUUAGCACAGACAGAAAAUAAACUUAGUCAAAGUGAAAUUCAAUUACAGAUGGUGGAAAAAAAAUUACAAGAGUAUCGGUCUGAUUGGAAGAACAUAAACGAGGCGGUUAAACGAUCAACUAUGGAAAAGGAAAAUGCUAAAAAAUUAGCUAGGCAGGAAAUUGAAGUAGAAAAAAGGGAAUUGGAGGAAAAGAUUGCUUCGCUUUACCAAGAAAUAUCUCGAAAUAAUGCAAACAGAGACGCUUCCAUGGCUCAACUGCACAGCAGAAUUAAACUGAUAAUGACUCAAAAAGUCCUGACGAUAAAAAAUCUCACCAAACAACUGGACGAUGUUAAAUCAAAGUGCCAACAUUUGGAAAAGUUGGUGGACCAGCAACGGAGAGAAUAUAUUUUAAAAUGUUUAUGAGUA